GCCAAUAGAAGCCGGCGCCCGAUGGCGCGCGCAUGCUCCGUAGCCGUCCGGGGGGUCCGUGUCCUUGGGAGUUUUGCGGCUCUAGGAACGAGGAGCCCGAGAGGACGGGAUGUUAGCAGUUGUGCGGGGCCUGAGCCGGGCCGGGCUGAGAGCUGCUGGGCGCCCUGCAGUGCUCUUCCAGGCACGGUUUGAAGGGAAUGCUGCCACAGAGACUCGGCCCACUGUUAGACCAAAGGAUGAAAUAACACGGAAACACCUGUGUGCUUUUGGAGAAUAUGUGGCUGAGAUUCUGCCAAAGUAUGUUCAACAAGUCCAGGUGACAUUUCUCAAUGAGCUAGAAAUCUUAAUUCAUCCAGAUGGGAUCAUUCCAGUCCUGAGCUUUCUAAAAGAUCACACCAAUGCCCAGUUCAAGUCCUUAGUUGAUGUAACAGCAGUUGAUGUACCAUCUCGACAGAACCGCUUUGAGAUUGUGUACAACCUCCUGUCUCUACACUACAACUCCCGGAUUCGUUUGAAAACAUACACUGAUGAAUUGACACCAAUUGAUUCAGCUGUCUCAGUGCACCAAGCAGCAAAUUGGUAUGAAAGAGAGAUGUGGGACAUGUUUGGAGUCUUCUUUGCUAACCACCCCGAUCUGAGGCGAAUCCUGACAGACUACGGGUUUGAGGGUCACCCCUUCCGGAAGGAUUUCCCUCUUUCUGGAUAUGUGGAGGUCAGAUAUGAUGAUGAGGUGAAACGGGUCGUGGCUGAACCUGUGGAGCUGGCUCAGGAGUUCCGUAAAUUUGACCUAAAUAGUCCCUGGGAGACUUUCCCUGCUUAUCGUCAGAUUCCAGAAACACUGAAGAUAGAAACAGGAGAAAAGAAGAUAGAAGCAGGAGAAAAGAAAGGAGAUGCAAAAUAGUGGCUGGGAGACUGAAAAAUUCCUCUUUGAUCUGAGUAUUUAUGUAUAUUCUAUAUAAAUAAAAACAUGACGUGUCUUC